GCCAGUGCCAAGGGCAUUUCUACCUUCCUUCCCUAAUGGUAGACUGAAUUUCUCAAAGGCUAAAAUGUUCUGUUCUUACUGAAAACUCUGGAGCAAGCCCAUGGCAUCUGGGUGCAAACCAAAAAGCCUAUGCUGUCCUGAAGGUCAGGCCUGGACAAUGUGCCUGGUUCUUCUCGGUCAUCUGCAAACAUCUCUCUCACGUGCACAAGGCUGUUCAUCACCUGCCUGGUAUGGAGGGGAGAUCAUCUGCUUCUAGUGAGACUAGUGGAAGACAAAAAGAGACUGAGCUGUGACUGAAGCAGGAGAUUUUGGACAGUGUCUGAGGAUGCAGUCUUCUGGCAUUCAUCCCAGAGGAGAACCUGCGGGGAGCAGGGCACCUUUCCUGCCACUCAGAUUUGGCCAAGACAAAUCCAUAACCUCGUCCAUAACCCUCUGUUCAUGUUGUGUUGACUUUGUAAGUAAUGCAAACAUGCUUGGGUUUGUGUGUGUCAGCUGGAGUCAGGUGCCCCUGAGGCUGGGCAGCACCUGGCAAGUGGUGGAGCAGGACAGAGCCCAAGGUGGUAAGAGGAUUUCAUGGCUUACUGUUCUUCUAGGGCUUUUAUCCUGAAUAGUGAAGCCCUUGUGACUGUGGCCUGUGGAGCAGUCUGUGUGUUUGUUUUCUCAGCAAGGGAGUCUUAAUGAACAGCUUUUUGCCUGGGCACUGCCGCCCUGCAGUGACAAUGGGUGCAGGGUGGCAGGUCUGGGUGUUGCUAAGCCGUCCCUGGGUCGAAGCAGCUCAGAAUAAUUAACCCAUAGCGACUAUGCAGAGAAAUGCCCAAAUCUUUUAUCUGACUUGAGAAAAACCUUUUGAGAUGCUGUUGGUGGUGCUGUUGGUAUUGCUAGGUAGAGCUGUCUGUGGUGUCUUUGAAGCACCACCAUGUAAGAGAAGUGUAAUGGCUACAGUCUGUGCUCUUUUUUCAAUUGUCCAGGAGAAAAAAAAGCUGGUGUGAUUUGAGCAAAAUAGUUGGGCCUGGCCCUUGGAAGAUUAAUGAAGGGCCAGGUUGUAGUUUUGCAUUUUAAGAAAGAGAUUGUCACUCCGGCUCUGGUGGGAGGUGGAGGGCAGAGCCACAGCUGGUGAUAGAAAUGGAGAUGGCAUUGCCCAGGAGUCUGCUGUCCUGUGGCUCCUGGGUUGGGCUGUGGCCUGAGGAGCUUGCUGUUUGCUCGUGGACUUGACAAAUGACAGGUAGUAAAAGACAGCUCCUGGAGGGCUGGAGUGAGGAGCUGGGUGUUUGUUUCCUGCACCCGAGACAUGUCCCCAGUGUCUGCAAGCAUUACUAAACUGGAGUUGGUGAAACUUCCCGCGGGAACUAACUGUCCAGGUAGUCAGCAAGGGGAGCGGUGGCCUUGGGGAACCUUAUGCACACCAGGGACCAAGCUCGAGCACGUGGGUGCUGGUGGGAGCCAGAGACAUCCAGCUGCUCCUGCACACCUGGGAGCUCCUGGGAAGGGGACUUAAAGGCUUGGGGGUGUUCAGCAGUGAGGAAGCAGCAGGGCAGCUCCUUUGUCCUCCCCUCCCUGAGCAGGCAGAGGGGACCACGGGCAGCCUCCAGGCCGGGGGGAGGAUCGAAGGCAAAGGUUUGCAGCAGGAGGCUCCCUGCUGAGCAUCCGAAAGCAUCAGCUGGGGCGUAGGGCUCGGCGCUGGGGCGCAAAGCCUCCUCGCUGCCAUUGUUCCCAGUGUUCCCGCACACGCCAUCAGGCCCGCACUGCAUCUCCCGGCAAGCUGCUCCGCUUGGCGGCUCGGUGAGGAAGGGGAUGUGGCGCUGGCAUCCACCCAUCGGCAGGGUGCCGGCUCUGGUAUGGGGACUGGAGGGCGAGAGGAGGGGUGAUCCCUCCGUCGGUCUCUCCAUUUUCUGUCUCGCCUGUCAGGGAGACACUCGGACGGCAGAGCCGUGCUCGGCGGCCUUCAGAGGUAGGUGGAGUCUGGCCGUCCUCCGCCCGCCCUCCCUCCAUUGUCAGCAGCGGCGAGCGGCGGCGGGCACCUGCUGGGGCCGGCAGGGAUGCUCCUGCCCUUCCCGGCGGAGCGGGGAGGCUGCGGCAGCGCCGGGGGGGACGGUUUCGGAGCCGCUGCCGGCAGCAGCAGAGGGGCAGAGGAAGGAGAUGCUGCUUGCGCGCGCCCAGCCCAGCUGCCGCCUCGGGAAGUGAACAUGAGUCUGCCAGGCCGCGUCUCCUGCUCCAUGCUCAACUGCUUUGGUGAGGAAGGCCCUCCCAGUUUGGAGUAUAUCCAAGCCAAGGACUUGUUCCCCCCGAAAGAGCUUGUAAAGGAGGAAGAGUCAUUGCAGGUCCCAUUCACUGUGUUGCAGGGCGAGGGAGUGGAGUAUCUUGGCCAUGCAAAUGAUGCUGUGAUUGCCAUCUCCAACUACCGGCUUCAUAUCAAAUUCAAGGAUUCUGUGAUCAAUGUGCCUUUGAGGAUGAUGGAAAGUGUGGAGUGUCGGGAUAUGUUCCAGCUUCACAUUGUCUGCAAGGACUCCAAAGUGAUCAGGUGCCAUUUUUCCACCUUUAAGCAGUGCCAGGAGUGGCUGAAGAGGCUAACUCGAGCCAUUGCCCGCCCUGCUAAGCCUGAGGACCUGUUUGCAUUUGCCUACCAUGCGUGGUGCUUAGGAGUCUGUGUUGAUGAGGAGGAUCAACAUGCCCAUCUCUGCCGUCCAGGAGACCAUGUGAGAUACCGAUUUGAGAUGGAGUUGGUGAGGAUGGGCUUUGACUUGCAGAAUGUCUGGCGCGUCUCUGACAUCAACAACAAUUACAAGCUUUGUUCCAGUUAUCCCCAGAAGCUGCUGGUCCCUGUCUGGAUCACAGACAAGGAGCUAGAGAACGUGGCUUCAUUUAGGUCAUGGAAAAGGAUUCCUGUGGUGGUGUACAGACAUGUGCGCAACGGGGCAGUGAUUGCACGCUGCAGCCAGCCUGAAAUCAGCUGGUGGGGCUGGCGAAAUGCUGAUGACGAGUAUCUUGUGACAUCUAUUGCCAAAGCCUGUGCCUUGAACCCUGGAGUAAAGGUAUCUGGUGGCAUGCCACACAAUGGGAGCAGCGACGGCAGCGAGGCCUGUGAUGCUGACUUUGACUCAUCCCUGACCGCGUGUUCAGGCGUGGAGAAUGCAGGAGCUCCUCAGAAGCUGCUGAUUCUUGAUGCUAGGUCCUACACUGCGGCUGUGGCCAACAGAGCAAAGGGAGGUGGCUGCGAAUGUGAAGAGUAUUACCCAAACUGUGAAGUCGUGUUCAUGGGCAUGGCCAACAUCCACUCCAUCCGUAACAGUUUCCAGUAUCUACGUGCUGUCUGCAGUCAGGUGCCAGACCCCAGCAACUGGCUUUCAGCCCUGGAGAGUACCAAGUGGCUGCAGCACCUUUCUGUCAUGCUGAAGGCAGCAGUGCUGGUCUCCAGUGCAGUUGACAGAGAAGGACGUCCAGUGCUGGUUCAUUGCUCAGACGGCUGGGACAGGACUCCGCAGAUUGUAGCACUGGCAAAGAUUCUUCUGGACCCUUACUACAGGACCAUGGAGGGCUUCCAGGUGCUUGUUGAAUCAGAUUGGCUGGACUUCGGUCACAAGUUUGGUGAUCGCUGUGGUCACCAGGAGAAGGUGGAAGAUCAGAAUGAGCAGUGCCCAGUGUUUCUCCAGUGGCUGGAUGCGGUUCAUCAGCUUCUGAAGCAAUUUCCUUGCCUCUUUGAAUUUAACGAAGCUUUUUUGGUGAAGCUGGUGCAGCACACGUAUUCCUGCCUUUAUGGGACCUUCCUUGGGAACAGCCCCUGUGAGCGAGAGAUGCACAACAUCUACAAGCGUACCUGCUCUGUGUGGUCCCUCCUACGGGCUGGCAAUAAGAACUUCCACAAUCUUCUCUAUAUGCCGGGGUCUGAGCAGGUGCUGCAUCCAGUGUGCCACGUACGAGCACUGCAUGUCUGGACAGCAGUGUAUCUCCCAGCUUCCUCGCCACAUCCUCUGGGACAGGAUGGCAUGGACAUUUACCUGCCCCCUGGACCUCAGAGCCAGGAGUUCAGUGGCAGAUGUUUGGAUAGAUUACCAAAGACAAGAUCUAUGGAUGACCUGCUCUCGGCUUGUGACUCCAGCAGCCCACUGACCCGCACGUCUAGUGAUCCCAACCUGAAUAACCACUGUCAGGAGGUCCGGGUGGGUCUGGAAGCCCGGCAUGCCGCUGCUGAGGGAGCUGAGCCACACUUGAGUGAAGGCAGUGCGGUGCGUGCAGGAGAGACACAGCAGGUGGAGGAGCAAGAGGAAAACGCUCCCCUGCAAGCCAACAGCACUUGUAGCAGCCAUGCUGAGCACGCAGGACAUAGCAAACAACUGAGUGGCUGGGCUUCUGUGCCAGCAAGCAGUGGCUCUCUGGAGGCAGAAAAGGGGAGCGAAACAUACAUGGAGGAACUGGAUGGCACAUGUCCAGCUCCAAAUUCUUCUAGACAGGAAAAUGUUGACAGCGUUUCCAUCAGUUCCAGAAAGUUCCAGUUAGAAACCUGUCCUCAGGAACCUUUGAAGACUACUGGCAUGGUGUCCAAUGGAGGAGACUGCCCCAUGAGAAGUGCCACCUGCCAAGACAUUCCCAGCCCGGUGUCCCUGGCACCAAAAGGGCCUAGUCAUGACAUCCCGAGCCCUGCCCUGGGCAUUCCCUGCCUGGAUGAAGACAACAGCAAAGGUGACGCUGGAAGGAGUGCGCCCUGCAAGGAGCCUGGCCGGCUGGGGAGAGUCCCCCUAGAGCAAUGGCGCAAGCCCAUUUCCCAGAGCCAAAGCAGCGAGUUCUCCUUCCUGGGGUCCAACUGGGACAGUUUUCAAGGAAUGGUAACAUCACUCCCCAGUGGGGAGCCUGCACCCAGACACCUCCUCUCCUAUGGCUGCUGUAGCAAGAGGUUGAGCAGCAAACCUCUGUGGGCACCGGGCCUGUGCUUCAGUGGCCAGUGGGCUGCCAGGGAAGGUGCAAAGCCCUCAGUCUGCUCUGGCCACAUCGGCACGCAUUUUGCAGGCCCUGCAGGGAAGCCCAGCCAUUCAUGGCUACCCUGCCACCUGAAACAAGCGUCUGGUCCCAAGCACGUGCCACCAAAAUGUCCUUCUCCUGUCCCUCCUCUCUACCUGGAUGAUGACGGGCUCCCCUUCCCCACAGACGUGAUUCAACACAGGCUGCGGCAGAUCGAGGCCAGCUACAAGCAGGAGGUGGAGCAGCUGCGCAGGCAGGUGCGAGAGCUGCAGCUGCGCCUGGACAUCCGCCAUUUCUGUGCCCCUCCAGCCGAGCCGCCGAUGGACUACGAGGAUGACUUUACAUGUUUGAAGGAAUCGGAUGGCAGUGACACUGAGGAUUUCUGUUCUGAUCAUAGUGAAGACUGUUUGUCAGAAGCAAGUUGGGAGCCUGUUGAUAAGAAGGAGACUGAGGUCACACGGUGGGUUCCAGACCACAUGGCCUCUCAUUGUUUUAACUGCGAUUGUGAAUUCUGGCUGGCCAAGCGGAGGCAUCACUGCAGGAACUGUGGGAAUGUGUUUUGUGCUGGUUGCUGCCAUCUAAAGUUACCCAUCCCUGAUCAGCAGUUGUACGACCCCGUCCUCGUUUGUAACUCCUGUUAUGACCACAUCCAAGUGUCUCGUGCCAGGGAGCUCAUGAGCCAACAUCUGAAGAAACCCAUCGCCACAGCUUCCAGCUGAAUGCCAGACAAGGGACCUGUCUAAGCCCAGACUUUUCUCUCGUGGGUUGGAAGGGUGACUCUGCCUCCACUGUAAUUGUGAAGGCUUUUGGUGCAACACUUGAACACCAAGCUUGAAUGCACUGUCUUUCAGCAGUCUUACGAUCAGUCUGGAGCAGAGGAGUUGAGGUUAGAGGGUAUGGUGUGUCCCCCCACUCUGGUACUGGUGGGCCCGUACAUUGUAGUCUUGAUGAUCCAGGGCUAAAGAGAGGAUUGCAACCUUUCUCUUUUGUGGGCUGGAAAGCAAUGUUUUCACAGAUACUGCCUGUACAAAGUACCCCCAAAGCAAUAGCAAUAGAAAGGCAUGUUUAGAACCAACUCCCCCUACAAAGGCAGGCUGCUGUACGAGAAGGAAGAGGGCAGGCUCCAGGUGGUACCGUGUGCUUUGGAAGGGCCUCAGCCUGGGCCUCUUGGUUCUGUAGAUUCUCUUUCCAUGAGUGUGAUUUGCGAUCAGCUUGGUGAACAAGACUCAUUAGCCAUCACUAAUUAAUUUUUCUCUUGUGUGUUGAAGAGAAAUUCAUUCCAGCUGAAAACGGGCUGAGCAGAUUUUGCCCGUUUUCAUGUUCUGCUGGGAUUGGUGAACACACUUGACUUUGCCCCUGCCCCCCACCACUGUGAGGAGAUGGGAGAUUGGCUUUUUCACUUCUGCUCUGCCCAUCUACUUUGUCUGCAGUCGUAUCACAGCCUGGUGCUAACACAGGAAUGGCACCCUGAUCCUCUCCUGGCAUGGAAACAGAACUUGUGUUCCUGUGUUGCUCCUCCACCCCUUUUCUGCCCUCAGCUCUCCACUUCCUACUGCUCUUUAUCCUGAAAACUUGAUACCUUGAGGGUAUAGGCCAUAAUGUGUUGUUUUACCUCCUGGAAUGUGCUGUCUGGUGUAUGUGAGGGUUUCAGUCCAAAUGCUGCUAUAUAUUUCUGUGCACUUAAUGUAACCCGAAGAAGGGAGAAUGAAGCAUCGAUACCAAAAUGGGGGUGGGGAAGGACACUGGGUGACAUAGACACUAUGGUCUGUGCUUUUCACUUCAGGAUGUACAGCCAAGCUACAGUGAUAAACACAACAUGUGGCAUCUGUUCAUGGUGAAAACAAUCUCUCUGACUUGCCCCAGCGCUACCUAAAAUGCCUCUUGAAUUUGACUUCUUUUUGUCUCCUGUACAGUGGUCAAAGUUCAGAGUUGCCAACUUGUAGUUGCCUCUCUACUUCUUUAAACUAGAGAGCAGGAAUCCUAACUCAUUCUAAGGAAAAGGAACUGGGUUUAGAAAGCAAGCAAGCUUUAGAAAGAAAAGGGGCUUUUAAUGCCUAGAUUCCUCGGGGAGUAUCCAUCCUGCCUCCUUCCUAAGAAAUCUGUGGAUAUUAACAAGGAAGAAGAGUUUGAAAGCGGGGCAUUUCUUUGCAGAAGUGCAGGUUUUCUUUCCAGCUAAAUGACAGUGUCAGAUACAUUCGGCACCUCAUGAGCUGAGACUUCUAUGGGGUGGGGAGGACCUGUGAAGACAUUUGGUCUACUAGUGAGGCAAAGUACUGUACACUGUUGUCAUCUCCCAAAUUUUUUGCUAAUGGUUUGUCAUCUGUGUCGGAAGGAAUGGAAUAAUGACCCUUUCCUGCACUUUGAUAUGUCAGCCUCUGGUUUUGUAAAUCCCAAUAGUGCAAACAAAGCUAGCAUCAUCUGAAGACCCUGUACUUACUUGGACUCUGCUUCUUUUCCAUACUGGGAACAACCAAUAUGGCUUUGGGAAGAGAAGGCACCUUGCUUCAGAUUCUCCCCUGCCUUGUACCUUGCAGUCAUUGCCAGACAUGGAAGAGUGACAGUUGGGCUGGCAGAAGAAACUGGAUUUGCUUCUGUUUUGCACAUGUUAGAAUGACUGCAAGCACUAAGGAAGCCAGAAACUAGGUACUCCUGGCCCUUCCGUUCAGGCCAUUAGUCCAAACUGCUUUUAGCUCUUGUGAGUUUCAGCGUCACAAUGUGCUGGCCAAAAACUCUUAAAAUCAGUUUGAUAGCAUUGUGACAAACAAAAUGUGCUGUACAACUCAAUACAGUCGAAAUAAAAUCUCUAUAUUAGU